AGCGGUGUCCCUGUUUUAAUGGAGAUUUGUUUUCCUUUGCCAAAGGUUGGAUGGUACAAUGCUGUUCUCCAGCCAGCCUUUCAUCUCCCCUACCCAGAUGACACGCUGGCCUUCGUGGUCCUCAGCACACCUUCUAUGUUUGACAAAGCCCUUAAACCUUUUGUGAAAAAAGAAUGGUUAAAAAUAAUCAGGGAUCCUGUGGAUCAGUGUGUUUCUCAUCAUUUAUCCCGUGUGAAGGAGAAAUUCCCUGACCAGAAGGUGGAUGUCAUCUUUGAUUACGAGAUCCUGCCAAGCCGAAAACCCAAGUUCUUGGCGCAGACAGCUGCCCACGUUGCUGGAGCUGCAUAUUAUUACCAAAGGAAGGAUGUGAAGCUUGAUCCUUGGGGUAAAAAGAAGAUCUACGGCGUAUGUAUUCAUCCCAAGUACGGCGGUUGGUUUGCUAUCAGGGGUGUCCUCCUGUUCCCAGAUAUUCAGGUACCAUUCCUGAAACAGUCUGACCCUGUUGACUGUGUGAGCACAGAGGAAAAACGAAUUGAGUUGCUGGAGCAAUUCAAUUUCCACUGGCGGGAUGGCCGCUACAGGGACAUAAUUGAAGUGAAGGAAAGGUACUCGGAGGAGCAAAAAGCCUACUUUGCCACUCCUCCCGCAGGGAGAUUCGGACUGCUAGGGCUGAAGCCCCAGAGAAGCACAUUUCACUGAGUAAUGUGGCUCCGUGGAGGGGCAGAGGGCAAGCGAAGUGUAACUCAUCAGCACCUUCUUUUCCAUGGUGCUGAGCAGGACGGCGUGCUGAUACAGAGAUGGCAAAUGCAAGCAGCGCGUGCAGCGUCUCAAUCCAAACAUCAGCUUCUC